UCCAGUGCUGGAGUCCCAGGACACCACAGGCUACUCCGCGUUACUCAGCUGAAGGGAUCCAAGGGCGGGAGCAUCACGCCAGUAACCCUGAGAAGCUCGAUCGUCGGAGUGGAGCAGCACUGUCAUUCCUCCCAAGUUAAGCCUUAGUGACCCUGUGACUGAAGUUAGUGACUGGACUCUGGGCAGCAAUUCCUUCUCCAAGAGCGAGAAUUUAGGCACUUUCCAUAGUUGUGACUAAACGAAAAAAAGAAACUUGUUUCUCGAGACUCGAGGCUCCCAGCUGGUGAGCCACCGUGGUGAACCUUCUUUGUGUGACUCCUGGAGUCCUCGAUCCCAACCGAACACCCGUGCCUGCGUACAAAGCAUUGCGCUUCCCCGCUAGCGCUCGAGUCUCGGUUUCUCUACUCGGGCCCCGUCUGGUCUCAGCAAGAUGAUCGCCUCGCAUAUGAUAGCCUGCUUAUUCACCGAGCUCAAUCAAAACCAAGUGCAGAAGGUUGACCAAUAUCUGUACCACAUGCGUCUCUCAGAUGAGACCCUUCUGGAGAUUUCUAGGCGGUUCCGGAAGGAGAUGGAGAAAGGGCUAGGAGCCACCACGCACCCUACUGCAGCUGUGAAAAUGCUGCCCACCUUUGUGAGGUCAACUCCGGAUGGGACAGAACAUGGAGAGUUCCUGGCUCUGGACCUUGGAGGAACCAACUUCCGUGUGCUUCGAGUAAGGGUGACAGACAAUGGCCUCCAGAGGGUGGAGAUGGAGAACCAGAUCUAUGCCAUCCCUGAGGACAUCAUGAGGGGCAGUGGAACCCAGCUGUUUGACCACAUUGCCGAGUGCCUGGCCAACUUCAUGGACAAGCUACAAAUCAAAGCGAAGAAGCUUCCCCUGGGUUUUACCUUCUCGUUCCCUUGCCACCAGACGAAACUAGAUGAGAGUUUCUUGGUCUCGUGGACCAAGGGGUUCAAGUCGAGCGGCGUGGAAGGCAGGGAUGUGGUGAAUCUGAUCCGGCAGGCUAUCCGGCGCAGAGGGGACUUUGACAUCGACAUUGUGGCCGUAGUGAAUGACACAGUUGGGACCAUGAUGACCUGUGGCUAUGAUGAUCAGAACUGUGAGAUUGGUCUCAUUGUGGGUACUGGCAGUAAUGCCUGCUACAUGGAGGAGAUGCGUCACAUUGACAUGGUAGAGGGUGACGAGGGACGGAUGUGCAUCAACAUGGAGUGGGGGGCCUUCGGGGACGAUGGUACGCUCAAUGACAUCCGCACAGAGUUUGACCGAGAAAUCGACAUGGGCUCACUGAACCCUGGGAAGCAGCUGUUUGAGAAGAUGAUCAGCGGGAUGUACAUGGGGGAACUGGUCAGACUCAUCCUGGUCAAGAUGGCUAAGGAAGAGCUGUUGUUCCAGGGGAAGCUCAGCCCGGAACUCCUUACCACUGGCUCCUUCGAGACCAAAGAUGUAUCAGAUAUUGAGGAUGAUAAGGAUGGACUACGGAAGGCCUACCAGAUCCUGGUGCGUCUGGGUCUGACUCCGUUGCAGGAGGACUGCGUGGCCACACAACGAAUCUGCCAGAUUGUGUCCACGCGCUCGGCCAGCCUGUGCGCGGCCACCCUGGCUGCGGUACUGUGGCGCAUCAAAGAGAACAAGGGCGAGGAGCGACUUCGCUCCACCAUCGGUGUCGAUGGCUCUGUCUACAAGAAACACCCCCAUUUUGCCAAGCGUCUUCACAAGGCAGUGAGGAGGCUGGUGCCCGACUGUGAUGUUCGCUUCCUCCGGUCUGAGGAUGGCAGUGGCAAAGGGGCGGCUAUGGUGACAGCGGUGGCAUACCGGCUGGCUGACCAACACCGUGCCCGCCAGAAGACCCUGGAGGCUCUGAAGCUGAGCCGCGAGCAGCUGCUGGAGAUCAAAAGGAGGAUGAAGGUGGAAAUGGAGCAAGGUCUGAGCAAGGACACACAUGCGGUGGCCCCUGUGAAGAUGCUGCCUACUUACGUGUGCGCCACCCCGGAUGGUACAGAGAAAGGAGACUUUCUGGCCUUGGAUCUUGGAGGAACAAAUUUCCGGGUCCUGCUAGUGCGCGUGCGGAACGGGAAGCGGAAGGGCGUGGAGAUGCAUAACAAGAUCUACUCCAUCCCUCAGGAUGUCAUGCAUGGCACUGGGGAAGAGCUCUUUGACCACAUCGUCCAGUGCAUCGCGGACUUCCUUGAGUACAUGGGCAUGAAAGGCGUGUCUCUGCCUCUGGGCUUCACCUUCUCCUUCCCGUGCCAACAGAACAGCCUGGACCAGAGCAUCCUCCUCAAGUGGACAAAAGGCUUCAAGGCAUCUGGCUGUGAGGGCGAGGAUGUGGUCACGUUGCUGAAGGAAGCAAUUCACCGGCGAGAGGAGUUUGACCUGGAUGUAGUUGCUGUCGUGAAUGACACAGUUGGGACCAUGAUGACCUGUGGCUAUGAAGACCCUCACUGUGAAGUUGGCCUUAUUGUUGGCACUGGAAGCAAUGCCUGCUACAUGGAAGAGAUGCGCAAUGUGGAGCUGGUGGAUGGAGAGGAGGGACGGAUGUGCGUCAACAUGGAGUGGGGGGCCUUUGGGGACAACGGCUGCCUGAAUGACUUCCGCACAGAGUUUGAUGUUGCUGUGGAUGAGCUCUCUCUCAACCCUGGCAAGCAGAGAUUCGAGAAGAUGAUCAGCGGCAUGUACUUGGGCGAGAUCGUGCGCAACAUCCUCAUCGAUUUCACUAAGAGAGGGUUGCUCUUCCGCGGCCGCAUCUCAGAGCGCCUCAAGACGAGGGGAAUCUUUGAGACCAAGUUCCUGUCUCAGAUCGAGAGUGACUGCCUGGCCCUGCUGCAGGUCCGCGCCAUCCUGCGCCACCUAGGGCUGGAGAGCACCUGCGAUGACAGCAUCAUCGUGAAGGAGGUGUGCACCGUGGUCGCCCGGCGUGCGGCUCAGCUUUGCGGCGCAGGCAUGGCUGCUGUGGUGGACAAGAUAAGAGAAAACCGAGGGCUGGACAGCCUCAAAGUGACAGUGGGUGUAGACGGGACUCUCUACAAGCUCCAUCCUCACUUUGCCAAAGUCAUGCAUGAGACCGUGAGAGAUCUGGCUCCGAAAUGUGAUGUGUCUUUCCUGGAGUCCGAGGACGGCAGUGGGAAGGGAGCGGCUCUUAUCACUGCGGUGGCCUGCCGCAUCCGGGAAGCCGGACAGAGGUAGAGUCAGAGACCAGACGGGACUUCUCUGCUGCGCGGCCGCUUCCUGCUUUAAGUUAUGAGGAUGGAUGGACCCCUUGUCAUUUCAUGCCCAGAGAGGACCCUGGGAGACUGAGGCUUUGUCUCUGUAUGUUCACUGUAGAGUUUGACACCCGAUCCUUGGCCUUCCUGAGAAUCAGAAGUAUGGAACUGUUCACAGUUGCUCCUGUUACCUCCUGAGAUCAUUUCUCUCCCUGUUCUACUUCCGGUACAAUCCUAUGGGAUGGAGAUAGUCUUAAAGACAUGGCUGCCUCAUCUUGGAUGUGAAUGUGACAUUUGUAGGUGGACAGCAUCUCACCAAAAGGAUGUUUGCUUCUUUUGUCAGAGGCAGACGUUGGGAGGGAGGCGAAGUAGAGGGAUAUCCCCCCAUGAUGGCCUUAUGGCUGACCCUCUUCAGCUCAACCAUAAGCAUUUCCCUGCUGGUUCUAACAUUUGCUGUCCUGGAAUAGAGAAUCCAAACCAAAGCCAAGAUUUGACACCUCCUCCAAGUGUUUGUGGCUUUACCUCACAUGGCUGAAUGCAUCAUUCACGAAAAACAGACCUUGGUUGGGGUGACUUUUGGUAGCUUUUUAAGUUUUUUCCCCCCCUGCAGAAGUGGAAACACUGUUUUAUUUUGUUUGUUUCUUAAUUUAUGUUUGAAAUUUAUUUAGUUUGUGAAACAGGUCCUCUCCUUCAUUGUGUAAUGGUUAAUUGUAAGUAAUGUAUUUAUAUGUUCCUUUGUUCUGUACAUAGCUGGCCAGGGUCUUGUGACUUGGCCUCAUUAGUAAAUCCGUGUAGUUCAGAAUAUGAGGUGGAGACACUGGCUCCUAGAAACAACUUAUUCACCCGCGGGCAGAGGAGAGGUGUGGUGGGCAGACGGCAGAGUACCAGCCCUUUCCUGCAGUCUCGGGAGAGUGUUCAGGGCAGGGAUGGAGACUGAGGCUGGCCCCUGGACAGAGAAAACCGCAGCAGCUGGCUGCUCUGUCUGCUCUCCUGAGUGAUAUCGCCUGGGAUGUUAGCUAAAAGAAACCGAAGGACUUGUUCAAAUACUCACUGCUUAGCAAUCUCCAUCUGUAGGUCAGUCAGUGUUUUAAAACUGUUUAGCAUCUUAAAGGAAGCCACCAAAAAGAAAAAAAAUGUCCUUAAAGUUCUAUCUGAUUGUCAUAACAAACCAAAUGAAGCAACGAAACAACCAAAAACCUCAGGGAUGCUAUGGGGUGUUUGUACCUUCGCCCUCUGCUGUCCGUCUGCCUCCCCAGACUGAGCUGCACUGAGGGGCUGACUCACUUUUUUUAUACAUGCUAUUUAUUUCAGACUGUUGGAGGAGGUCUCGAAAGCCCUGUCCUCUGCUCUGACUCCAAAAGUUCACUUCUGCUCUAAAAAUACUAGAUUGACCACCACAGUUAAACCCGGCUACGACCUACUAAAGAGGGGACAGCCUUGUCGUGCUAAUGAGCAGGGUGCAGGGGUCAAAACAGAGAGACCGAGAGAAACUCACCGCUGGUACACCCAAGUUGUGAGCAUUUCUCAGUCGUGCAGAGCAGAGCCCGGUCCUCCUGAGACUGUACCAGGCUGGCACUGCCAGUGGGGUGUGGCACCCUCGCUUCCCCGACCUGAUCCAGACCAUUGAAAGCCAAAGCCACCUACAGAUGUGAGAAACACUAGAAGGUAGCCACGGAGUGCAGACGGAUCUUGACGACAUUUUUGAAUCUUAAAUUUUACACUGUCAGAUCAGGCCCCAUCUCUGAGAGAGGACACUUUGUAGGUGGAGACGGGCGUGUGGCUAGCUUUUGAGGAAGUGUUGGCUUUCACUCCAGAGCAGGAGGCAGUGUGCUGUGUUCUUGGCACUAGGCUGGCUGCUCCCAGCCCUGGGCUGACAGCCCUCCGCUAAUGCUGCUUUGUGUGAUGUUCAGUAACUUUUGGCUCAUCUCAAAUCCCUGGGCACUCAGUCUAGUGAAUGUGUUGUCACCAUGUACAGUAGAGAACUAGUCGA